GUGUGUGUGAUUGUGCCAAAUGUAUGUGUGUGUGUGUGUCUGGAGUGCUCUGUCACAGACACACCCCCGUGUCUGUCUGCAUAAAUAGCGCUUCUCCAGAGGGGCUGCUGCACCUGACUGAGCAGCUCCAUCUCGGCGUCUCUCCUCUCUCCUUCUGCAGCUGCGCUCAUGGCCGACUCAGCCCGUCUCAGUGGAGGCGCUGUGCGCUUUGGCGCCACCUACAGUGGAAACAAGUUAUUCUCACGCGCGUCAGGGAUGUCCUCUGGCAUGCGGUCUUUCGGGGGAGGAAUGUCACUGGGGGGAGGUGGGGGAGGGUCCCUCGCUCUGCGAUCGGGUCUGGGUGGUGGAAUGGGGUUCGGAAUGGGCCUCGGGUCUGCCGGAGCGGGAUUCGGAAUGGGCCUCGGGUCUGCCGGAGCGGGAUUCGGAAUGGGGCUAGGGUCCGGCGGGGCAGCAGGGGGCGGCUCUCGGGGGGCUGCAGGGUUCCGUAUGGGCGUGGCUCCACUGCGUGCCCGGCUCGGUGGGAAAGUGUUCAAGAUCGGGCCGUAUGGGUUCAACCCGGCCUUCCUGGGGGCAGGCCCGGGAGUGGGCGCUGCAGGGGCAGUUGGGGUGGGGGCAGUUCCCACACUGGACCCCUCUCUGCCAUCUCUGGACACAGUGCAGGUGACCCGACUCCGAGAGAAGGAGGAGCUGCAGGUGCUCAACGACAAGUUCGCCACCUUCAUUGAUAAGGCUCGCUCUCUGGAGCAGCACAACGCCGUGCUGAAGGCCAAGAUCUCCAUGUUCACCAACCCCGACCAGGGCGGCCCGGCCAGCACGUCCAUCCUACUCACCUCCGCCAUCGGCUCCUACAAGGGCCAGAUAGACUCGCUGACCGCUACCAAAGAGGCCGUCAUCGCUGAAAUCGAACACUACAAGAACAUCAUUGAAGACGUCAGCGCCAGGUAUGAAGAGGAAACGACACAAACAAAGACUCUGGAGAUCGACUGGAGCAACCUGAAGGAGGAAGUUGAUAGCCUCUACCUGUCCAUCUUCGAGCUGCAGACUAGUAUCAGUGGGCUGGAAGACCAUAUUGCCUUAUCCAAGCAGGUUUAUGAUGCUAAAGUUAAAGAGGUCCGAAACAUUGUGACAGGCAGUGUGAGGUCAGCUGUGUCCAUUUCUGUGGACAAUGCAGCACAGGCACAGGAUCUGACGUCAGCUCUGGCGGAUGUGAGGGGACACUACGAAGCCCUUGCUCAGCGGAGCAAGCAGGACGCUCUAGUAUCUGUCCAGGAUAGCAUCUCCAUGAUGUCCCUGACCACCCAGCCCAACACUCAGACUCUCACGUCCGCCAAGGAGGAACUUCGGGUCUACAAACUGCAGAUAGACUCUGUGCAGAGAGAGAUCGAACGCAUCAAGACACUGAACAUCCAGUUGGAGUCUCAGGUGGAGGAGGCGGAGUCUCACUCGAGCUCCCACACAGAGACGUACCAGGAGCAAGUCCUAACACUCAAAUCACAGCUGGAUGACCUCCGCAAGCAAAUCACACACUAUGGCCAGGAGUAUCAAGAAUUGCUGGCCAGUAAGAUGUCUCUGGAUGUGGAGAUCACGGCCUACAAAAAGCUCCUGGAUGGAGAAGAAAGCAGGUUGAAGUCUGGAGGGGGCGUGACCGUCCACAUGUCUAAAACAUCAGUGGGAGGAGGAGGUGCUGGUCUGGGAUUGGCUGCUGGCGGAGGUGGAGGCUAUGGAUUGGGUCUUGGAGGUGGUCUAGGAGGAGGCCUUGGAGGUGGUCUAGGAGGAGGUUUUGGAGGUGGUCUAGGAGGUGGUCUUGGCGGUGGUCUAGGAGGAGGUCUUGGCGGUGGUUUUGGAGGAGGUUUUGGCUCAGGACUCGGAGGGGCGGGGUCUUUUGGAGCCAGCAGCUAUUUCUCCUCAAGCCUUAGCAGCAGUGCGUUAUCUUCCGCGGUCUACUGAAGAGCUGAUGCCAUCUCUCAGUUGCUCCUUACCUGAAUGAUAUCAAUGCCACUCUCUGGUGCAGACUCAACGCUUUACUGUAUGUUUUAUACCACCUCAAUAAAAUAUGUUAUGACA